AAUCUCUUCUACUUUCUCUCUCUAGGGUUUAUUUCUCUCUCUACAUUUUCAAAAUUUGUUACUCACAGCAUCAGCUUCCAAGUAUGGCCGGAAUCCGAUUGCCACCGGAAGACACCGAUGUAACACCGCCGACGCGACAGCCGUUAACCGCCGAUCUGAUCUCCGACGAUGACCGCUCUAUUGCCGCUGAUUCGUGGUCAAUCAAAAGCGACUACGGAAGUACUCUCGACGAUGAUCAGCGUCACGCUGACGCAUCUGAAGCUCUUGCUGCACGUCAGGUUGCCGCAUCUGAUUACAGCUCUGACAAGGAAGAACCUGAUGCUGAAGCAAUUCCAUCAAUGUUAGGGUUCCAAAGUUACUGGGAUACAGCAUAUGCAGAUGAGUUGACAAAUUUUCGUGAACAUGGACAUGCUGGUGAAGUUUGGUUUGGUGCUGAUGUCAUGGAAAUGGUUGCUUCUUGGACAAAAGGCCUAUGUGUUGACAUUGCUCAAAAGCAAGAGCAAAAUCAUCAUGAUAAUGAGAGCUCUGAGACUGGCAGUGAAGGUGAUAGAGAUCUAGCUGCUUGGACCGUACUUGAUGUUGGAACUGGCAACGGACUGCUUCUUCAAGAGCUUGCUAAGCAGGGGUUCUCUGAUCUAACUGGAACAGACUAUAGUGAAGGAGCAAUUGACCUUGCUAGGAGCCUUGCAGACCGUGAUGGAUUUGCUAGUAUAAAAUUCUUGGUUGAUGACAUUCUUGAAACGAAGUUGGAUAAACAGUUUCAUCUGGUUACCGACAAAGGAACUUUGGAUGCCAUUGGACUGCAUCCUGAUGGUCCUGUUAAAAGGAUUAUGUAUUGGGAGUCCAUCUCAAAACUUGUAGCUCCUGGUGGCCUAGUGGUGAUCACUUCAUGCAACAAUACCAAAGACGAAUUGGUGCAAGAAGUUGAAAACUUCAAUCAAAGUAAAGCCAUGAUCUCUCAGGAGACAGAUACCCCUGGAGAAUCAGAUGCAUACGCAAACCCAACUAUCUUUUCCUACUUGGAUCACAUCCGCACCUACCCAACAUUCAUGUUUGGAGGAUCCGUUGGGUCGCGUGUCACCACCGUAGCAUUUGUGCGUAGCUAGACUGGUUGAUACCUAGCGUGGUGUUUAUGUUUUUGGGUGUGUGUGUUGUGUGGCUCGGUAAUUUGCUUUGCUGACUUGACUCAACUUGAGAUGACAUUUAAAUGGCUUUAUACAUUCUGCUAGGGGAAGUGAUAUCUUAAAACUGAAUGAAAUGAAGGAAAAUUAAGAAAAAAAACCCUGCAUCUGGUUAGGUUCAGAGUUUGAGUUACGUCUCUUUUAGUACUUAAACUGGGUUUUUGGUUGUUUUAAGUUUUAACCACUUGUGAAAUGUUAUUUUAGCUUGAGCUCG